AUGGAUUUCUCUGAAGGAUAUAAAGCGCACUUGCCCAUCGGCUCUGUCCUUUGUCCGCCUCUUCUUUUACCUGAAUCUGUAGUAAAAUCUACAGUCGGUCCGCUUCUAUUUAGCCCUUCUACUGGAACCCGAAGAACAGUAUCUCCAUCUCCAUCUACUACUCAAACACUCGGGUAUGCUAAAUUGUCCCUAAAAGUAGAUGGAGAACCACCAAUCUAUGGUAAAUCAGAAUGUGAGUUUGGAGGAAUUGUUAAGAUUAUGGUUAAUUCAGUUUGGAAGCCUGCUGAUUUUGUUUCUCAUAAGUAUCUUCCACCACCACCUUCUGUUGUUACUCUAGGUUAUUUGUCAGCUUGUACAACCCACUCUGUCCAUUGGUUUAAGAUUGACUGGGAUCGUAAACAACAUCAACAUGUAUUGGUUAACUUGGGUUCCGAGCAGUUCUCUGCUUCUGUUCUUCAUGCUUGUUGGGGUCCACUUAUGAAUUAUCAAAGUCUUGUUUUGUUAGAUAGUGGUGAACUGAUCUUAUUUGAUUGGGGUCCCGAACCUGAAAGAACUAGUUUAGAUGUUGAAUGGAAGGAUUCAGAUUCGGGUACAUUAACUUCAGAUACAAGAUGGUUGAGUUUUGAAUUUGGUUCGCAUCCUCGGAUUUUUGUUAUUGCUUGUUCAGAUGUUGUUUACCAAGUAGAUGGGAGGUAUCAUGGCAAGUAUAUUGGAAGCGUUCUAGCAAAGAUUGAGCUGUUUGCUGACACACACGAGCCUGACAAAUUCGUUGCAAUUUGUAGAGCCGGUUCUGGAGGUUUAAAUUUCUGUAUAGCAAGUAAAUAUGGCCUAUACCUCAUAGACACCAGAAAGCCACUAUCUCCUGUGUUACAAUGGAUUCACAAUCUUGAUGAUAAACCAAGUUAUAUGCAGGUGUUCGAACUUUCUGAAUUAAGGUCCAAGGCAGAUCGUGACAAAUAUCAAUGGGCCACUCAAUCUGGUUUUGUCAUUUUGCUGGGGUCAUUUUUGGAUGAUGACUUUAGUUUUUUCUUCUAUGGGCCUCCUGUGCCAGCUCCACCUAAAUCAGUGGCUUCUAUAGUUGCAGAUUUAUGCCACACCUUAUAUGCAUGGGGGCAUUCUGUGUAUCUAUCUUUGUCCGGUUCCCAAUGCUAUAGUGGUGAUUGCCUCAUACAAGAGAAGUUAUCAAAUGCAAGGCGUCCUAAGAGAAAAAUCACGGGCUUCUGCGUCAUCACUGAAGAUCUCUUAAACAUCCAUCUUGAACGUGGUGUUGGCUGCAGUUUUGGACUCAUUAGGUUGUUGCCCUCUGGGAAGAUUGAGUCACAGAUGUACAAUGCUUCUUGGGAGUUUGACGAACCAUCUGCAAUAGAGCAUUUGGAACCAGCCGAAUCACCGGAUGAAGACUUUUGUAUGGAUCAUACUUGA